UUAAGACACAGACUCUGAAGUUACACAGUGAGUCAGUGAUACAGCUAGAAAUGAAAUCCCAGGUCUCCUGUCUGAGUCUUGUCCCCUGUCUACUGGACCUUGUUGCUUCCCCAAGUCAUUUAGUUUAUUUUAUUAUCAUCGUACAGAAUUUCAAAAGCACUAAUAUUUUCCCAAACUGGGCAUCCGUGUUAAUCUGUGAGAUUAUUUUGAGGCACCAGUUACAGCUCCACAGGUAAAGUUGAAUUCACCCUGUUUUGUAUGAAAAGUAAAGCAGAUCCCCCCAAAAGCCACAGCCCUUUUUUGGGGGGCAUAGAAUGAAUUUUCUGAGACUGCAGUAAAUCCAUUCAUUAGUUUAAGAGUUGAAAUUAAUUUUAAAAUGGGUCCUUUCAGAACUUUAGCAUCCAAUGUCCCACCUUUUUGUUCCUCAUUAUCUUAACAGAAUAAUGCAAACUCCUGUUCAUUGAAGAAAUUCUUUUUAGGAUUAAUGACCAUUUUUCCCAUUCUUCUUCAUACCUCAAAGUUUCUUCUUCAGCAGAGAUGGAAAAAUAAUCUUCAGAGAAUUUCAUGAAGAGCUUCCCUCCUUCAGAAUGGCUGUCAUCUCCUAUUGUUCUCGGUGAGACUGAGACUUUGCUGCCAAUAGUAAAGAUGACCACUGCCUUCAUUCGCCUCAUUCUCCAUGUCUUCCAGUCUGCCUCACGGCAGCAUACAUAGCCACCAUUUUUCCUGAGGGCAGUUUGGUUUCACUUUCGAUUGGGAAUAAUGGAAGGCACUGGCAGUGGCCAUUUUGGCCAAGUGGUUUUUGUUGUUUUUUUUAACUAAAAGGAGCAUGUAACCUCAAUACUAUUCAGAACAACAGGAAAAGGUGGCCACUUUGAAAGAGAGCUGUUCUUGAUGAACCUCUCAGAAAAUGUCAGCCUCUCAAACUUUCAGUUAUGAAAAAAUCAAAUUGUCAUUAAUCCUAAAUAUUUUCAAAAGCUUACCUAUUGCAUCAGAUCCACUCAAUAUAGAGAGAGCAGGAAGGAAGGAGAAACUAGUUUGGGUUGGUGCAUACAGGGAAUGUAAGGGGUGCAGGUAGGAGGUAGAAUUUGAGGGGCAUGUAUGCAAGGGUGCAGAAAGUAAGGAAAGCCUAGUGAGGAAUGUACAAGGGAAUGUGAAUGCCAUGUUUGUGUGUGUGGGGGGGGGGAGAAAUACAUUUCUUUAUGUGAAACUUUUUUUUUUAUCUGGGACCAUAAACUCUUAAAAAUCAAAACAACCCCCCCUUCACAAAAACCCCUUAAUCAUGUGGCUAUUGCAUGGUACCACAGAGGGUACAGUUAAGGUUGCUUGGGUCCUCUGCCUGCAUUUCUGUACUUUUUAGCACGUUUGAAUUUGUUAAGUUUAACCUUUAAGGCUGAAUUUCCUGAGUUUCUAACAUUCUGCGUUAAUUACAAUAUCCUUAGAAAGUAUGUGACACCCUAAAUUACUUACAUUUAUUCUUAAACUUAACUCUGUUUUCAACGUAGUCUUUUGUCUGGGAACAUACACUUGACUUUCAUUUUUAUCUAAUAGAGUCAUGGAAAAAUUAAGUUUUUAAAACCCCCACUUUUUGUAUAUCAGGAAGGUCAUUCCUCCUGAGCAGCUUUUUCAAAAUUGUAAUAAAGUCUUCCAUUUACACACCUACCCACUGAAUCAUCAACUGGCUUGGACACCAGGUUAAAAUUCUAUUACAUUUGAAGUUUUGCCAUUGACUUCAGUGGCAAGAUUUGGCCUUAUAGUGUGUAUCUGUGUAAGUCCUACAACUCAGCUGUUCUGUCCAGUGAUCAGUUCUUCUGUACUUUGGGGCCAUAUUCUGCUCUGUUACAGUAAGGCCAACUAAAGCCAAUAAAGCCACUCUUACCAAUGUAACUAUAAGUAGAAUUUGCCCUUGCUAAGGAGGAAAAGCCUUAGGCAUCCUUUUAGAGGUUCCGACCAUGCUUCCAUUAAGAGUUUGUGCCUGUUUGUCCAUAGGAGUAUGCCACUGACAUCAGUGGGAGUAACUUCAGAGCCGUAGACUUAGUUAUGGUGUUUUCAAUUUAGGUACUUUCCUUCCAAGGAGUGGUAAAGCAUGCAAUAGCAGUCACCAAAUUUUAAAAGAAGCUAACACCUAAAAUAGAACAAUGUUCAAUGCCUGUUUUGUAAGUGUCUUCUAAGUUUAGGUUCCUACUUUCUCACAUUUUGCAUUGUCAGAAAAGGCUGGAGGUGCAAUGGUCUAGACUCUUUCUCCCCCUCCCCCCGCCCUUUGGCUGCAUCAUAGAGAUGCUGAAUGUCCUGAAGGUUCCUCCCAGACCUAUAUUUAUAUCUUACUAGUUUUGUUAAAAUGUGCGGAUAAAAGUAUGGACCCUUAGAAUACGUCAAAUGAGACUCACUAAAAUAUGCACUAUACACUGAUAAAACACACAAUUGCAUUGCUCACAUGACAAAAGUGGUCACCUAUUUGGAAAAGAUUUAAGCUUCAAUCUUGGCCCUAAAAUAAUUUUAAAUAGCUUCUAAUGGGAUCUCCGACUUUCAGUUUAAUAUCCAUACUUGUCAAUUUGUAUUGGGCCUGGGUUGGGUGAAGAAGAGAGUAGGUACUAUAAAAUGAGUUAAAACUACAGCCCACUUGUAUUUUUGGUUAAUAUAAUGCAGUACAGGUUACUAUAAUUCUUUGAAAAUACAUAUUUAGUCUUGCAGUUUUGUAAACAAUAGGAAUGUACAUCUUUACAGUGGUAAUUUUUUCAUGCCUUGAUUUUUUUCAAACUUUAACAUUGGUGCAUUAUGCAUUUGCAUAUACUGUCACAUUUGUUGACGUCUUAUGGUUAUCCCAUUUCCGUAAUGCAUUUCCAGUACAAUAAGAGUUUACUGCAGAAUAACUGCAGCAAUGAAAAUAUUGGUGUAUAAUUUUGAGAAAUUUAACAUACAAUAUAGUCUAAUUACACACUAGACAGCAGAAUGAUGAAGUGUACAAACUGGAAGUUCAGAAUAUUUUUUUUUUUUUAACCUUGACGACAUGUAACCCAGAGUGUCUGUUCCUCAGAUCUUUGGGAGCUCUUGCCUUCCAGGGACAAUGAUUCUGGAAAUACAGUAAUCCAAGAAUGCUCUGAAUAACUUCCUGGGAUUUAAAUUAUCCAUUCAUUCCCAUUUGCAGUGGUUUUCAUCUUCAUAAUCCCAGCUUUCCCUCUCCCUCUAAGUAGGCAUUUUGAAACUAUAAUGAUCUAUAGCCAGUACCCAAAAGAUAUGUAAUACAAAAAAACUGCACUUCCCUUCAACCCUAACUACUACCCUGAGAAUAUAGCAUCAGUGGUACUUCCUUGCCAUAGGACCAAGCACACAUCUCUGCAUCUCAGUCUCGUAUCUGAUUCUUCCAAUACCGUAACCCCAUGGCUGAAUGCUGAACUGCCAGCCAACCAUCCAGUUCAACAGCGUUCAACACUUUAAGAUAAUUUAAUUUUUAAUGCAUACUUAAGCAGUCUUGUGAAACAUAAAUAUGUUUAUGGUAUGGUUGAAGAUGAGAAGGAGAAAUUGCUGUGUGAAGGUACUGCAUCCACAGCUAAUUUUGGCAUUGUAUGGUUAAGAAGGCAAUAGGUAAAAUACAAGACUUAAAAGGAGGGGGACACAUUUAAAAAAAAAAAAAGCUGAAAUAUUUUGUCUAUUAACAUCAAGACCUUGUCAUCAGAUGCGUAAAACUAACAUGAAGGUGACCUGCAAAGGAUUUUUUAAAAGAUUGACUUGUGCCAUUUUUGCCUCUUUAUAAUAUACAGAAAGCCUGAAAGACUUUCAUUUAAAGUUGCUUUUUCUGCUUCUGAUGAGUGGUCAUUUUUAUGCACUUUUCAUGAGAAUUGUUUGAAGUGACUUAAUUAAUUUGUGUAGUUGAGUACUGCUGUAGGGUAUAAAAAUUACAUCUCUUCUAUGUUAAUCCCAAAAGGAGUUAAGAUCUUCGUUAUGUUAUGCUUUUGGUGCAAAUCUACCUUGGAAAGUUUGCUUGUGUUCACAAGCUACAGUGAAUUUUGGUUAACUAUACAAAGAAUUUUUCUUAAAAAUGAAUAAUGGUUAACAAACCAACUGAUGCCAAAUAGGUUCUUUACAUACUGCACUUUUCUAAUGAUCUCUUUAAAACUUCAGUGGAUUAGAAGAAUAGACGUGGUUACUAUAUUAUACCAUGAAAUGGUUAAAUAUUAUUGCCAGUGUGACAGAACCAUGGAGAUACCAUGCAGAUACGCACUACUGGUCAUCCAUAUGACUGCACUUUUAGCCCACCACUGUGGUACCGGAGAGAAAGUAAGAAACAAAGAUAAUCUAACAGGUCUUGGCUUGUCUUUUGACAGAAAAAUGCCACAUGCAAGCUUAAGCUCUUUUAUCACAUGCAAGCUUUCAGGCAAAAGUUAUUAGCGUUCCAGCAGGCAAAAGUUGACCAGACCUUUUUAAAUUAAAGGAAGAAUUUGUACAUCAUGAAAUUGAUUUUUGAGCUUAUUUUGAUUUGGGGACUAAUGAAGACUUCAAGAUUCCAGUGUGUGCUAGAAAAGGAGUAUUUCUGCUCUUCCAUUCCAAACGAUUUUCCAGAAGGCCUGACGUCUGUUCUAUUUGUUGUAACGAAGAUUGGGGUUAUCAACUCAAGUGUCUUCAACAGCCCAAACUUGAAAUCUGUCACCAGUCUAGCUCUAGCAAACAGCGGCAUCACAAGAAUUGAGCCUAGAGCCUUUUACGCUUUCCAUAGUCUCACCAAACUCAGUUUAUAUAAAAAUAAUCUGACUACAGUUAUGGGUUCUUGGCUUUCCGAACCAGGACACUUAGAAAACCUUACAGUGUCUCAGAACAUCAUUCAGGAAAUAGGCCCCCAUAUGUUGUCUAGUUUCUCUAACCUGACAACCCUUAAUUUAGCUAACAACAGAAUUCAUAUGAUUGUGGGUGGAAGUUUGAAGAAUCUGUCUAAGCUAACUUUUAUUGAUCUGUCUGGUAAUAAUUUAUCUACCUUAACAAGAAAUUUGUUCAGUGGGCUGAUGUCUCCAGUAAUGAAACUGGGGGACAAUCCAUGGAACUGUUCCUGUGAACUUCAAGAUUUUGGAUUUUUUUUGCAAGAGCUGAUGAAUGCUUCUGUGUUGGAAGAUGCUUCAUCUGUGGUGUGUCAGAGCCCACAAGCCCUGAAGGGAAUUCCAGUUUGGAACAUCUCUGACUUUAACUGCCCACCGAGUCUCAUAUCACCAUCACUUGAGAAUGACUUCUAUAAAGUUGGAUUGCCAGUGAUGCUUCUAUGUUUAGUGUUUUUUUCAUUUCUUUUGCUGCUUCUCAUGCUCUGGAAGGUGAAACAAGAUAAAAAGCAAGUGCAGCCAGAUAAAGAAGCUACUGCUGAAAAUAGCCAUGAAACACUAACCGGCCACCUUAACAGGAUGACAGAGAGACUGAGGAGCAGAGGACUGUCAGAUGAAAAUGUACAGACAACCGUGAAAAUUGACAAAACCCAACAAAAUAGAAUGCAGAAAACUCGUGCAAAAUCUGCCUCACCAAUUAUGUUGAGAACUGAGUUUCAACACAGUAGUUCUCAACACCAUAGACCAACUGAUGGGAACCAGGAGGAACCCAAAACCUCUUGUACAGUAAUAAAUGAACAAGCCUGCAUGAAAAAUGAAGACUGCAACAAUGUUAUAGAACUGUGGUAUUUUAAUAGCUUGCAAGAUUGCAAUAAGAAGGCUAUGUGUAGUCACAAUGCAAACACUUCACCAACUGAACUAAGCGUAGAAACCCCCCAAAAGGAUCAUUCGGAACUGUUAAAGCAGUCAUUGCAGGACCAUGGAAUUUCAGAAGUGUGUUGGAAUGAUGAAAUUAAAGGAAGUGGUAAUACAGAGAACGCUGAACCUCUGUUGUAUUUAAGUGUUGCUAGUACAACUGAAGAGUCACCCAGUGUACCUGGCACUGAACAAAAAGGUGCUGUGAGUAAAAAUGUAAAUAUGAGGCUGUGUUCUUUGAGAAGAGUUCUUACUUGGCCGUAUGAAAAAUGCAAAAGGGACGAAAGUCAAAACACUUUAAAUUAUGAGGAUUUUUUCAAGGCACAUUUCUGUAUGCCCACUAGUGAUCCUGGUGUCCCAGCAGCAGUCAGGAAAACAGAAUUCAAAGAUGAACAAAAUCAGUAUAAUCUCCAUCUACAUACUGUAAAGGAACAAAAGGCAAUUCAUGAUUACAGCAGUGGUAAACCUGAGUUAAAGAGAGAAGCAAAACCAGAAAACAAAUUAGUAUCUCCACUUAAGAAAGGAGCCAAGCAAAUAGCCACAAUGGAAAAUGCAUGCAUCUCAGUGCCUGGAAGAGGAUUCAGAGGCUCUGAGACUGUAAAAAAAAAUAAGAAUAACAAAGAUGUACCUUCGCAGGCUGGAUUCUGCAAUGACAAUCUUGACUCACCAGCAUCCUCAGACAAAUCUGGUCACACCUCCUCCCCAUGUGAUGAUACAUUACUCGAAAAUAAUGAAUACACCUUCAUUGAUCUUUUGCAUGAAGUCGUGGAAAAUCGUGGGAGGUGGACCAGGCAGAGGUGGAAACAGACCCAUCAAGUGCGAAUUGCUAGCCACUCCCCAAUGAAAUCAACGUAAACUCAUUGCACUUCAUCAAAAAAUGUUCCAUGUGCUAUAGGCUGCCUGUUUAACCAAAAUUGUUGUAUAACAUUUCAGUUGUGGUGAAACAUGCCAGACUUGACAGUACUGGAAGCUGAAAUCCUCUAUUAUACAUACUUCAGGAGCAAUGCAGACUGCUCCAUACUGCCCUUCCAGAAUGCCUUAACCAUGUUUUGGAAAAGCACCUCUAAGGAUGAGAGGGGACUUUUCUCCAUGGCCCAGUCAAUUAGUGGUGCCAAAAAAGGGUGACACAUGUCAUCAAGGUUUUUGUGACGUGAUCAUUUAUUUACAGGGAGCUUGACUGAGACCCACCAAACUCAUUUCAUCUAGGCAAUCAAACCGCUUUCAGAUGAGUAAUGAGUUUUGAUCAUUAAUCAUCUAAGGUAAAUUUUCCAGAAAUGUCCAAGAGAUUUACGUACUGAAAUAGAUAUGACUUAGGUACCUAUGUCACUUAGCACUUUUGAAAUUUUUAUCUCUAAGCUGGUUUUGCACCAGGGAUGUAGAAAACUCCAAAUCCCAUUACUCACCUCCUUGAAAUAACCCAUAUCGUUACGGUUUUGAUUCAAGCAUUGCACUAAGUAGGCAAAUUUAUAAAUUAGCCCUAGAAUUUUCCAGCUGCCUAGAAACGGAUAGUUCAUGGCGUAUGGAGCCUUUCUGCUCUGGUUAUUGACUAGCUCUACUCAUUGGCAGAGACCAUUAGUAGUCAGGAUUGUCAAUCUGGCAUAUUCAUGGGCACUAAAAAUUAAUGUAAAAUUUUCAAUUUACUUGCACAAAAAAUGAAAUGUUAACAUGUAUCAUGUCAUGCUAAUGGGUUAUACCCCCUUAAAUGGAUUGCUAAUUGCAUGCUCUCUCUCUCUCGCUCUCUCUUUUUCUAUAUAUAUAUAUAUAUAUAUAUAUAUAUAUAUAAAAAAUCCUUACUACUAAUAAUGCAAAGAUAUCUCGUGAGCUACAGUGGUAUUUUAUAUGCACCACACAGUCUUUUUGGUAGGCUUUGCUAGGUUUUCACUGUAUUUUCAAUUAAUAAUUUAUAAUAUGACUAAUAAACCAUGUAACUAGAAAUGUUUGUCUACAGUGAGCCAUUAUCUAUGGCUGAUCUUCUGUAACAUUAGAUCUUGUUCCGCAGUCUCUCAUGGAUUUUCAUGUAAGUGAGAACUGAUAGUUGUUAGUCUGUUUGCAAUUACAUCCAACAGACACCUGCUCCAUUUUUAUGCUUAUAUUUGCUCUGAUUUAGGGCUGAUGGCAAAUCACAAAGAAAUUAUUCUGCCUGUUUGGAUUUGUUUAGAAAUAUUGUAAUUCCUUCUUGUUAUACAGCUGGCACCUGCCUUCUCCCCACUCCACAGCCCCCCCCCCCCCUUUUUUUUUUUUUUUUUUUGCAGAGUAAGGAUUUUGCUGAGAGUAGAUUUAAAGUAAAUAUGUUUUGCUGUUAGGCUCACAAAUACCAUUCACUCACUCAAAUUUAUCAGUCUCUUUUCAUUAUUUAAUAAACAUUAUUCCUGUUAUAUUUUACAUUUUAAUUAAUGUAAAUUCAGUUUGUUGUAAUCUCCUAGAAUGUGAAUUUAAUACAAAAAACAUAGGAACCACCAUUUGCAUGGUGCUUACAUGACCCCAAAUGUAAAAUGCAUCCUUGUACAAACAAUUUAUUCAUAAUGUAAGAGUAUUAACUUCCACCAGCAUUUAUGAAAUAUGGGUAAUCUCUAGCUGUAAACAUCUCUUUCCCAAGGCAGGGGUUUUCCUGUGCUGUUGGUUAUGGAUGAAGUAUGGAGUGUCAUCUCUGCAUUUUUUGUAUUGUGUUUUUUCUCAUUCUUUUAAAAUGUUACCACUAAGCUUUUUAAUGUUAGUUUUGUAACAGUCUUAUUAAUUCAGGAGAGCACCUGUUUGAACCUGCCUCAUUUUUGUUAAUCUGUAAUGAAUCUUAACAUGGAUGACUGGUCCAAUUAGUGAACCAUGUUUUCAUGAAGCAUAAAUACUCUGACAAGUGACAGCUUUUUGUACUCAAGGGAAGCUGAAGUUUUUAACAGAAAAGUCCAAUGCAUUUCUGAAGAUGAACUGUAAGUUCCAACUUUUAUUAAUUCUAGCAACAAACAUUUGGAUUGAAAUUGUGCUAGGAAUUCAGUGGGAAACUCGACUUGUCAGAAAUCAAAUAUUGCAUAAAUAUUUUCAGGCAGUGGUCAAAAUGUAUUCAGGCGCGAUUUCUGUAAAGUAAUAAAAUAUAAAAUGAGAAAGGAAUGCUCUUGUAUAUAAAUGGUGUGUCAUGUGAGCUGAAAUUAUCAGGAAAAAAUAACAUUGAAUUAUUACUGUAAAAUGUGAACUCAGAAGUAAUCCAAAAGGUUGCAUGUCGUAUUUAUGGAAAUAUUGCAGUUGUAGUGAAUUCAUUCUUGAGUUUCCCAAGUGUUCUAGGUUGGAAAAACCUCUUCUCCUAUUCAGGAAAGGCAUUCCUGUUAGUCAUAGAAUUUUUUUUUAAAGUAGGCCAUACAAUUCAAUACACAAUUACUGUGCUAACACUUGUAAUCUGGGUAAUUGUGCACAUAAACCAUAAUGUAUCCUUUUAUUUGUGGAGCUGUAGUAACUGUCAAUUCAAAUUUGGCAUUUAAUUGCCAGCCCAACUUUUUAAAAGUUAGGUUGAGAAUGUAAUCAAUUUUUUUAAUGAAAGAAGACAUACAUUUGCAGCUGCCUGAAACUGAAAUCUACUUUCCACAAGACACUCUUCCCUCUUCCUUUAUAGUUACCCAGAAUUACUACAGUAAAGUAAAUAUCAGAAUCAGCCUUCCUCAGAAAAAUACACUGAAGAUUAGAAAUAUUUUCAAAGGUGUGUGUGUGUGUGUGCAUCUAACUAGCUGUUUGAAAAAAAGAUGCAAGUAUUAAACCUGACUCUAGCAUUUUUUUGUUUUGGCUAAUAAUAGUCAUAUUUUUACUUGUAAUAUUUUUGAACAAGUUAAAAGAUGAGUUUAUAACCAGUGCAAAUAAAUCCCAUGCCUGGAGUUAUUCCAAUAUGUAGUCAGGUUAUACAACACAAAUGUAAUUGUUUAUAUUCCCAGAUGUUGAGAAAAUGCCAGCAGUAUGCUUUGGAAAGAACAUUAAUUGGCAGAAUUUAUAUAGCCCAAGAUAUGUGCUGGAACAGGGAAUGGCUGGUGAUAUAGAAAACAAUUCAGGAAAUAAGUUAACAAAAUAACAUGUUAAGAUACAUCAUCUAAAUAUUUUCAUGUUUAGUGAUAUGGUAUCUGAAUGUUUUCUACAUCAAAUGAGAAAAUAACAAAUUUUUCAAGAAAAAUGAUGUCAUAUUACAGUAUAUACAAUCCCCAUUUAUGAUACAUGGCAACAGCGGUCCACACAGAGAUUGGCCAGUUACAUAGUGCUCUUUUCUGUUUUACUAGCUGUUACAUUGCCU